AUGGAUGUGCGAAAAAGCUUGAGCGCCAUGUGGCAACUAAUUGCUACUUUUUGUCAUUAUGCAAAUAGUACGCUUCUUGAAGUACUCGAUGAAUUUGCCAAUACGCCAUUGAUUAGCUCAAAGCUGAUACCCGAAGAGUUAUUACGAACACAGACUCUGACUGCCUUGAAUAAUGCGCAUCAAACAGCAUUGGAUGGUGUUAAUCAAUCGAUUACAUUCGCUGAUCGUAUCACACAAGCUAGCGGACUCAUGACGGGCUUAGCGACGAACGCCGUUAUCGGACUGCCGAUUAAUGUUUGGCAAUCGGAGCAGAUCGUACCUACGUUUUCGACUAAAUACAAGAGACACGAAUCGACGACAUUGUGCUAUUGUAUAAAUGAUGUAUCAUGUCCUAUGCCCGGUGGUCUUUAUUUUUAUGAUGAAUGGGAAACAAAUGGAAUUUAUGAUCUUAACGUAAUAGUCCCAAAUGCAACCAUACCCGGUCUUGUAGUUGAUUGUUUGCCAACGCAAACGAUGUUUGCCUCGACAGUAGAAUGUUUCUACAACCAGUCAUGUCUUGACAUUCUCCUAUCUGCAUAUCAAGCAGAUUUACCAGCUCGUGCACUAGCAACCAAACAUGUUCAUCAUAAUGGAUACUAUGCAUGUCUGAAAUGUAUUAAACGACGUGUUUGGUGCGAAAAAGGUCGAAUUGUUACAUAUCCAUACAACCAAAAUUCAUCAAGUCUUCGCACAUCACCGCAUAUUAAUGUUUGUGCAACUCUAGUUUUACACGAAAACAAAUGUCACCAGGGGAUUAUUUUGGUGUAA